AUGGAUUUACUAGAAACUGAAAUACCGAGUGAUAGUGAGUCAAUCGAUGGUCUUGUUGAUUCCGAUACUGGAGAAGAUGAUUUGAUAGAUGAGGUCAAUAUUACCAAUACGAGUCAAAUGAAUAUUGAAAAUUAUAUUGACAAUGAAAAUGUUACCGAUGACGAAGAAAUCGAUAACAACGACGAUGGCAGUUGGAAAAAUCGAGGGUGUCCAGGUAUUAAUAUUCCAUUCACAAAAAAUAGUGGUCCAAAUAUUCCAGACAGGGCUGUAUCACCUUUAGAGAUAUUUUUCUGUAUUUUUCCACCCGAAUUAGUGGAUCUUCUUGUUAACCAAACAAAUCUUUAUGUUAAUCAAAAGUAUGCUUUAUCUACUAAUAGAAAAAAAAAGAAAAUUGAACCUGUUACAAAUGAAGAAAUACGUAUCUUCUUGGGGAUAAAUCUUUUGAUGGGCAUAAAGAAGCUUCCAUCCUACCGAGACUAUUGGUCUUUGAAUAACCAACUAAAAGAUCCAUACAUUUCCUCUGCCAUGACUGUAAACAGAUUCGGUUUUUUACUGCAAAAUUUACACCUAAAUGACAACACUAAAGAGCCAAAUAGAAACCACCCUUCUUAUGAUAAAUUGUUUAAAAUAAGGCCACUUUUGGACACAUUGUCAACAACUUUUCAUGAUUGUUGGAAGCCAAAAGAAAAUCAAUCUGUUGACGAAAGUAUGGUCAAAUUUAAAGGACGUAGCUCUAUGAAACAGUAUAUGCCAAACAAGCCAAUCAAGAGAGGAUACAAAAUUUGGGUUCGAGCCGAUGAGACUGGUUUUGUAUCGCAGUUUCAAAUGUAUACUGGUAAGGAGAAAAGAAAUAAGGAGGAUAACCUUGGAAAACGAGUCGUGAUAGAUUUAACUAGAGAUCUUGUUGGUAAUUUUCAUCGGGUGUAUUUUGAUAACUUUUUCACCAGUCAGAAAUUGAUGGUUUCACUGAAAAAUGACAAUGUGAUAGCCUGUGGAACUGUGAGAAAAAAUCGUAAAGGAUUACCAAAAUACUAUCUGCCUGAUAACAAGAUGAAAAGAGGAGACAUUGAAUUUCGUUCAUGCUCCAGUGGUGUAAGUUGGGUGAAAUGGAUGGACAAUAGAGCAGUAUAUUGUUUAUCGAACUUUCAUGAUACUACAGAAAUUUCAGACGUUAACAGAAGAAAUAAAGAUGGCAGUAUAAGCACGAUUCGAAGUCCAAAAAUGAUAGCAGAUUAUAACAAGCACAUGGGUUAUGUGGACAAAGCAGACAUGCUUAAAUCUUUAUACGAAAUUGACAGAAAAUCUAAAAGAUGGUGGCUUAGAAUAUUUUGGCAUUUCUUAGAUGUUUCUGUCACAAAUGCAUUUAUUUUGUAUCAAGCCAAAAAUGGGUCAACAAUGACACUAAAAAAGUUUAGAUUGGAAGUCGUCGAUGGAUUGAUUGGUUCAAACAUAGCUACCAAGAAGGGUAGAAAGUCGCUUCCAUCUACUUUUACAGGGCAUAAAGCUCACAUUUCUGAUGCAAAACGAUUUUGUCCAGCUCCACAUUUGCCAACAAUUCUACCAAAUUGA